AACCUACUUUAUCCAUGAUAAAACAAAAUUCAUAUGACUCAACAACUAAUAGGUUACUGACAAUAUGGUCAAAAGAUGGAGGUUGUCCUUCUAGAACUGUUCCCAUUAAGAGAAUCACAAAGGAUGAUCUUAUAAGACAAAGAGAUCUGCCAUCACCGGAACCUGCCAUCUUCGACAACGAAUAUAGCAAUGACAAUAGUGAGCAAAAAGCAAGCUACAUGCCUUCUUAUGGAUAUAAGCGUGCAAUAGUUCGAACUCCAAAAGAGUCAACUACAAAGUAUACGGGAGCUGGAAUGACAACUAGUUUGUUCAAUCCUCACGUUGAAGGCAAACAAAUUAGUGCUAGUCGAAUAAGAAUUGAAAAAGGAUCGGAAAUCUUACAAGUUGGUUGGAGGGUAGAUCCAACAUUAUAUGGGGAUAAUAAAACUAGACUUUUCGUACAUUAUCAGAUAGGUGAAACCCAAUGUUUCAAUACAUUAUGCCCCGGCUUUGUGCAAGUAAACCCUGAUAUACCUCUUGAUAGUUCAUUCGAGCACAUUACACAACGUGGAGUGAAGACAUGGGAGAUCCUAAUGUACAUUUAUAAGGAUCAAGCCUAUGGACACUGGUGGCUUCUAUUGGGACAAAAAUAUGAUCUAGUUGGUUAUUGGCCGAAUAUUAUCUUCACCGAGUUGGCACAAUUUGCUACAAAAAUUGAGUGGGGAGGAUCAGUAUACAAUCCACCAGGUGUACCUGAACCCCCGAUGGGUUCAAGCUAUUUUCCUAUAGGAAAUUCUUCUUUUGAUGGGUAUUGUAGAAGCAUUGCAUUUUCAAAUGAGGAAGGAGAUUCAGUUGGAAUACAUAAUAUAUUUUGGUAUACUGAUAAUAUUUUAGCAUAUAAAGUUCUAUUCAAAUAUCUAUUGGAAGAUUCAAACAAUUUUCUUUAUGUUCUUUAUGGUGGACCUGGUAAUAAAGCACAAGUGUAAUUCU